AUGGAAAGUUCAAAGCACUACUCUCUCGUGCCCGCCUCGCACGCCCCAAGGUCGUCGCACGAUCUAUCCAUCCAUCGAGAUCGCAGCCGCCACAUAGCUCAUCCUUGCAGAGUCUUAGCCACCAUCGCCAGUCCACCCUCCCUGCUCUCCGUUCGCCUUCUCUCUGCGCGUCUCCGCUGCGAUUCGCCGAUGAAGCCGGCAAGAGCUUUCCUGGUGGCGUCGACGGGCGGCGCGGCGGUAAUAUCCAUGGGCCUCUUGGCGCUCUCCAUCUACCUCGCGCUCAGCGGCAGUGGCAGCGCGUGCGCGCAGCGGCUGGACGCGCCGAGCAACGCGAUGGGCGUGGUGCUGCUGACCGUGAGCAUAUUCGGGCUCAUCGGCGCGCUCGUGCACGAGGGUUGCCUCGAGUUCCUCUUCCUCUGCUGCUCCGCCGCCCUCACACUCGCACUGUUGGCCUACUCAGCCCCAUCCACCCCAUCUCCCUCCUGCACCCACAUCUGCCCUCUCCACCCCAUCCCCCCCUCUGCAGCGUUCGCCCUGGCAGUAACCGCGCCGACCCCCAGCGCCACGGUGGGCGCGGCAGGGCAGGCGGUGUAUGACGUGGCGGGCUUCUCGCCGUGGCUGCAGGGGCUGGUGGCGCAGGCUGAGGCAUGGGAGAAGAUACAGACGUGCCUGCUCUCCAACAGCUCCUGCCCUGCCCUGCCCCCGCCCAAGAGCACAGCCGUUUCCACGUCACCUGCCCCGUCACCUGCCCCGUCACCUGCCCCGUCACCUGCCCCAUCAGUCGCCCUCUCAGCAGCAGCAAGGUCUGCUCUCUCCAUAACAGAGUCACUCCACGCUGACAACCAUUCUCAGCCAACCAUUCCCGGCUCCGCUGCUCAUGCCAAUUCCACAGCCUUGUUAAAUUGCAGUGGUGGUGGGACGGAUGGCAGUGGAAGGUGUUUCAGCUGUGACACGUGCAAGGCAGCGAUGCUCAAGGUUGUGAGGGACGAUCUCUCAUCGGCUGGCUCUGUGUGCCUUGCUGCUGCCUGCCUGCUGGUCGUGCUGCUUGGCGUGGGAGGGACGGAGAAGCUACUGACGGCGAUCGCCAACACGCUCAUCCUCUGCCUCGCAAUCGCCCUCAUCGUCGUAUCGCUGUACGCCACGUGGAGCUCGCCGCCCAGCACGUGUCUGAUCAUGUACCAGACGCCGCUGAUGGCGAUCGGCGCGGCGCUGUUCAUCGGCGCGCUAGUGGGGCUGCUGGCGCUGGUGUGCGACAACUCGUGCCUCGUGUGCUUGCAGCUCACCGUCUCCUUCACCGCCAUGUGGGCUCUCCUCGCCUUCGCCAUAUUCGCGCUGGUGGUGACGGGGCCGGGCGGCGCGUCAACGGAUAAGAGUCGCGGGUUCACGGUGUUCGAGCCGUCGCAGUUCAGCGCGUGGAUGCAGCAGCAGGUCGCGGGGGACCGCUGGCCGCCGCUCGCCUCGUGCCUCAGCGGCGCGCGCACGUGCGGGGACGUGCGCAACUACAUCGGGCGCAACCUCAAGAAGGCGCAGCUCUCCCCGCUCGAGGCGGGGUGCUGUCUGCCCCCGCAGGGCUGUGUGCUGGGCGGGCUGAACAUGUCAGCGCCCGUCUACUACUCGUUCGCCUUCGACCUCCCCACCAUGCCCAAGCUGCCCCUCCCCUCCGCCGACGCCGCGCCCGCCGUGCAGCGCAGCACGAGCAACUGCAGCGGGUUCAGUGCGGAGCCGACCCAGCUGUGCUACAGCUGCCCCUACUGCCAGGGCGGGCUGCUCACUCUGCUGCGCGACAACCUGCGCAUGGAAGCCUUUGUGGCACUCGGCGUGUUCAUUGCCAUCUUCAUGCUGCUGCUCAUCGCCUGCUUCGCCUACUGUGGAGCGCGGCCUGAUGAUGACGAGGAGAAGGGCAAGAGCAAGAAGACGGAGAUCAGCCUAGCCAGGCAGCAGACGUUUGUGAUUGCGGAUCAGCCGGCAGCGCAGCUGCUGUCCGUGCCGACGUUCCAGCGCACCCUCACCAUGGCCGACGGCGGCGGUGGUGCCGGGCCGGCAUUCACGCGCACCACCACCAUGUGUGACAACAGCGGUGCCGCUGCUGCGGCUGAGUCGAACGCACAGCUGUCGCGCACGCUGACACGCAUCGAGCAGGCUCUGGGGGCGGACCUGCAGCAGUUCAAACGCACCAACACCAUGGCGGGUGGUGGCGGUGCUGAGCAACGGGAAUUCAACCGCACACGCACGUUCCAGUCGAGUGCAGAUGGAUACGGUGAUGGAGGGAGGGAUGGAGAGGGGCAGAAGGGGCGGCUGCUGGGAAGAGUAAACACCCUGGAGUCGUCGAAGGGGUCGAGAGGGGGCGAGCAUGGCACUCACCACAGCAGCACGUCCAGACGGGGUGAGGGCGGGUCAAGAGAGAGGCUUUCACACCGUGUGGAUACUGGGAGGGGAAGACGGCGGGAUUAUGAUGAGGAGAGUGCAAGAGACUCUGAUGACAUGUCAGAGGAGGAGGAGUACUAUGAGGAUGAGGAUGACGUGGAGGAUGUUGACCUGUACGACUAG